CUCUGAAGCGAGUGCCAGUCGGUUAGCCAGCCUUCCCUUUUCACUCAUCUAACUAUGGUCUGAAGAGGAAACCAUGAAUCUCCGAGGCGUUUUUCAAGAUUUCAACCCUAGUAAGUUCCUGAUCUACGCCUGCCUGCUGCUCUUCUCCGUGCUGCUGUCGCUGAGGCUGGACGGCAUCAUCCAGUGGAGCUACUGGGCUGUGUUUGCGCCCAUCUGGCUCUGGAAGCUCAUGGUCAUUAUUGGGGCUUCCGUGGGCACCGGGGUCUGGGCGCACAACCCGCAAUACAGGGCUGAGGGUGAGACCUGUGUGGAGUUUAAGGCCAUGCUGAUCGCUGUGGGGAUCCACCUCCUCCUGCUCACUUUCGAGGUGCUGGUGUGUGACCGUGUGCAGCGGGGUUCACACUUCUGGCUUCUGGUCUUCAUGCCGCUCUUCUUCGUCUCACCCGUCUCAGUGGCGGCGUGCGUGUGGGGAUUCAGGCACGACAGAUCGCUUGAGCUGGAGAUUCUGUGCUCUGUUAAUAUUCUUCAGUUCAUCUUCAUCGCUUUGAGACUGGAUAAGAUCAUCAGCUGGCCGUGGUUGGUGGUGUGCGUGCCGCUGUGGAUUCUCAUGUCCUUCUUGUGUCUGGUGGUGCUCUAUUACAUUGUCUGGUCUGUGCUCUUCCUGCGGUCCAUGGAUGUCAUUGCCGAGCAGCGGCGCACACACAUCACCAUGGCAAUCAGCUGGAUGACCAUAGUGGUGCCCUUGCUUACCUUUGAGAUUCUUCUCGUUCACAAGCUGGAUGGUCAUUACAACUCCAACUACGUCCCGGUGUUUGUUCCUCUCUGGGUUUCUUUGGUGACUCUAAUGGUGACGACGUUUGGCCAGAAAGGAGGCAAUCACUGGUGGUUCGGCAUUCGCAAAGACUUCUGCCAGUUUCUUCUUGAACUCUUCCCCUUCUUGAGGGAGUAUGGCAACAUAUCCUAUGACCUGCACCACGAGGACUCCGAGGUGUCCGAGGAAUUGCCCAUCCACGAGGUGCCUAAAAUCCCUCCCAUGUUUCAUAAGAAGACGGGUGUGGUGAUCACCCAAAGUCCUGGCAAAUACUUUGUGCCGCCGCCCAAACUGUGCAUCGACAUGCCAGACUAACAUUCAAAACUCUGUCCUCGUUUGGCUGUUCGUGAACAGUAUAGCACUAUGCACUGCUUCGGGACGUACCAUU